ACUUUCACAGCAUUCUGUUCAUUUAAAAAAACAUGUAUUAAUGCAACUUGUCAUGUUCUGUACAGCUCACGUUUCCAAGGUGUGCAUGUGUGGGGCAAAACUGGUCUUAAGUACUGGACUAUGAGAAUGUGCCGCUUUCCCACUGUCCCAGCAAGGCAUCAAUAGUUUCAUGAUGGAGAAAUCGAAUCGGGAGACCCCACAGUGUUAUUGUUUUAAGUGUCCUGCUCAUCAAACAAAGUCACCAGAUGAGAGACUUAGGAAGAGCAGCCAGCCAAUGCACCUGAACACAAGAACCACAAGCCCUAUGCACAGCAAUGAUAACAGAACCGCGCAGGCAGUCAGUGAGAACAGUGAGCCGGAAUAUCUGUUGGAAGAGAUCCAUAGACCUGCAGAAAGUGUGCCGGUCAAAUGGUGUGAGAACAGACUGGCUGAUAGGAUGGAGGAGUGUGAGCGUUGUCCCAGGCCAUGUGCAGGGAUGUACCGUAUGACGCUGGGAGGGAUCAAUCAGAUCCAGCGCCGCCGGAAGGGGCGCCCAUCCUCCCCUAGUUCCUCAUCAUGUAAUGCUGAAGGCCAGACAACAUCUAUAGCAGUCAGGACUGGAAGACCUCACACUCCUUUUCAAUUUAAUGAUGAUUACCAGGUCAGCAAGCAAGAGAAUGAAUCUUACAGAUCACCACAGAAGAGACAACACAAGCAAACACAGACAGGCUCAACAAUGACAAGUGUGUCGGGGAGAGGCUUGAGUCGUGCUGACAGACCAGCAUUCACAGGCCUCGACGUGGCGUGUCAGACCAACAUCCGUUCAUUGAUGUCCCCAAGAGACGAUAGCGCAGGUGAGCAGCUGAAGUUACAGAGAGAUGCUUCACUGAGCACUGGAGGUUGCACCACAGACUGUCAAGGAGCUCAAUGAUGGCCGUGUCCACAUCUGGGAGCAGACCCCCCAGGACACCAUCCGCCGUCUCAUUGUCAAGCAUGUGGGGUCCAUACGAACUACUGAGUACCAUUUUGAGUUGCUGCAAUGAAAUUUAGGCAAAAUGGACUAGCUUGUCGCAUCAUUUUUUCACUUUUUUCAUUGAUUUUCGUGGGGGUCUUUGAAUUUGGCCCUCUGUAGGUUGAACAUUUUCAUUACCAAAAAAAUAAUGUGCCAUCCUUUACCCAGUACAUAUUACCCAGUCCAUAUCAGUAUAGAUAUUCAGCAUGAGUUUUUUUCCCAUUGAGAUCUGGUGUUUUUUCAAAGUGUUCCUUUAUUAUUUUUUUUAGCAGUGUAG